CACAGUUCGGUGCAAGUUCGGUGAAUAGCCAGUGAACAAUAUUCAGUGAUUCGAUUUUUUAUUUUUGUCGUAUAGUCAAUAUUUUCAAAUUCCUCUCAAAAUGAACGGUCUUUUGUUGGUAAGUACCAUUUUAUACACUUGCGCGGUUUUUUCCCGUUCGUUCGUAUAGUAUGAAAAUAUCGUACCGACGAGAUAAUAUUAAUAUUGUAUGUACACAGAUAGGUAUAUCAAACGAAAAAUAACGUUAAUACCCGCGGUUUCUCGUUUUAUAUAUUUGUAUGUUUACUCGUUCGUAUUCGUUUUUCGGUCGAGAGAAAAAAAAACUAUUUAUCUUCAGAUCUUAUAAAUUCUUUUUUGUCGAUUUUUUUUUUUUUUUUUGUUCGUACGAUUUAUAUUUUGUACACGUCGACCCUACGGCACGGACAUCGUGAAGCUUUCACCGUUACACGCAUCGUUUUUAUUUAACACUGAUAACCAUUUAUAAUCGCGCGGUAUACUCACGUUUUCUUUUUCUUGCCCGUCAGAGACCCUCGUCGGUCGAUAUUGUAAUAAUCAUUUUAAACCCAUCUUCACUGAUCUCAACCAUCUCUUUCUCUCUGUGUAAUAUACUCCGGCACUCGCAAACAGGAUUCAAAUAUUAUAUUAUCCUCGGGAAGUUUAUUCGUGUUUUCACAGUUCGCCGCAAUGACUCAAAAAGCAAUAUUAUUUCAUACCUAUAACGUCAUUAGAAAUGUAGCGAAGUCUAUUUUCUAACGGACAGCCUAUCGGCCGACAAAUUAAAACAGAAAUAAACCUUUUUUUUUUUUUUUAUCAUAAACCAACUGUGUUUUUAUAUUAAAAUGCUGUCUGUAAUUUGAUUAUUUGCCGCGUGACAAAAAUUAUAGAUUUGGCCGAAUAGUUUAUAGAGGGGAAAACUGCCCCUCAGCCCCCAGUCCCCUCCCCCCAAACACAGUUUCACGCGCCUGUUUAAAAUGCUUCUUCACCAAUAUACUAUAUCGUUUACAACCGUGUUGUAGUGUUUCGUUGUUGCCGCCGUCGCCAUCGUUAACGCAGAGCCGCCAAGCGGUUACAGCCGCCCAUCGUCCGGUGGUUUCGGAGGUUACUCGUCCGGCGGCAGCGGUGGUGGUUACUCGUCCGGCGGCAGCGGCGGUGGUUACUCGUCCGGCGGUUUAGGAGGCGGUUACUCGUCUGGCGGUAGCGGAUACUCAUCCGGCGGCAGCGGCUACUCUUCCGGCGGCAGCGGUUACUCGUCCGGCGGCAGCGGUUACUCUUCCGGCGGCAGCGGAUACUCAUCCGGCGGUAGCUACGUGCCGGUCGCCCCGGGACCGUCCACAUACGAAGGCCAGUACGUCGACGGACAACUGCUCGAACAGAUCAAGCAGAUCGUGCUCAGAGACGAAGUCCAGAACUCCGGAUCGUCUUCCGCUGGCGGAUACCCAUCCUCGUCGUACGGCGCCCCAUCAUCGUCAUACGGUGCCCCGUCAUCGUCCUACGGCGCCCCGUCCUCAUCAUACGGUGCCCCGUCGUCUUCAUACGGCGCCCCAGCCCAGGGAUACUCGAGCCGUGUCGUCGGAGUCGAACUCGAAGGAGUGAAACCCGCCAUCCAAGUUGCCCAAUACCAACAGUCCGCCGGUGGUUACUCUUCCGGCCCGUCGUCCUCAUACGGCGCACCCGCCAGGCCAUCGUCUUCUUACGGAGUGCCCUCUUCGUCUUACUAAUCGGUCUUGUCGCGAACAAAAUAAAGCAUCAACAACAACAACAACUACAACAAACCGACUCCUCCGCUCUUCUUCACGCCCGUUCCGCGAUGACAAUAAGACUAGAUGCUCGAACAUCGCAUCACAAUAACAGAUCCCUACAUCGUAUACAGGGUACAUCAAGUCACACAGGAACGUCGAACCGACUCGGGACUACGUGAGAAGAGCUAUUUUUUUUUUCGUUUUUUAAAUAUAUACUUAUAUGUAAUUUUUUUUUUUGUAAUAUAAUCUUGUUACGACUCGUGUAUAGUCAAAAAUCUAGCCAUAACUACGCAUACUUAUAGAAUAUUAUACUUAAUAGUACAUAUAGGCUAAUAUUUGUUAUAUAUAUAUAUGUAUAAACAAUGGCCAAAAAAAAAAAAUAAU